UCGUCUAAAACAGCAUCUUCAAUACCAAGCCUUGACAGCAUUGCCAUAACCUGCAAACCCUUCCAUUGCACCGGCAACAACAAGCAAGUGCCUUCUGUGUACAGUCCUUCCCAUAAACACACCACACCACGGCAGCCACCAUCGACUUAGACAGAUAACAACAACAAUGUCGGCUUGGUUCCGCGAGACAGCCGCGGGAAAGGCGAUUCGCCUGCUCUCGGGCAACAAGUAUCUGCAGUAUCCCGAGGAGAAGCCCGACUUUGAGUUCCCAGCAGAAUGGCGCCACAUCAUCGAAGAGAAGACGACGCCUGCUUCAAGGACUUCCCUCUCAGAGCAGUCACGGCCUGCCAGCUUGUCUGACGCACGCGACGAGGAGAACCAGCGCGAGAAAGCCAGUGACAUCGAGGGCGAAGCGUCGUCACAAGACGGGGAUGUCAUCAUGCCGGCAAUCACACAGACAAAGUCCAUCCCCAUUGCUCCCCGCAAGACAGCAGACGGCCACAUCUUGGUUGACUGGUAUCGUACGGAUGACGAGGAGAAUCCAUACAACUGGUCUCGAGGCACGAGGAUCAUGGUCUCCAGCAUCAUUGGCUUCUACACAUUCAUCGUCUACCUUAGUUCAGCCAUAUACACUCCUAGUAUUGAAGGCGUAAUGGAAGUAUUCCACGUCAACAUCACCCAGUCAUCUCUCGGCCUCGCCCUGUUCGUCCUUGGCUACGGCAUCGGUCCUCUGAUCUUCUCGCCGCUCAGCGAACUGCCAAACAUUGGCCGAAACCCGGUGUACAUCAUCACCAUGUUCCUCUUCGUCAUUGUCUCGAUCCCGACCGCGCUCGCCUCCAGCUUCGAGGGCCUGAUGGUUGCCCGUUUCUUUCAGGGGCUUUUCGGCUCACCCUGCUUGGCCUCGGGCGCCGCCACGAUGGGCGACAUGUUCGGCAUGAAGACGCUUCCUUACGCCCUGGUUGGCUGGGUUUCUUCCGCCUACUGUGGCCCAGCUCUCGGCCCGCUUCUUGCUGGUUACUCCGUCCCCGCAAUGGGCUGGCGCUGGUCUCUCCUCGAGAUCAUCUGGGGUGCUAGUCCCAUCUUUUUGGCCAUGCUGUUUCUCCUCCCCGAGACAUCGACCCCGGCGCUGCUGUACAACCGCGCCACCCGCCUUCGUAAGAUCACGGGCGACGCCCGGUUCAUGUCCCAAGACGAGUUGAACCGGCGCGGUCUCACAGGCAAGGAGAUCCUUGUCGACGCCAUCAUCAAGCCUCUCGAGAUCACCAUCAAGGAUCCGGCCGUCCUGUUUGUCCAGGUCUACACGGCCAUCGUGUACGGCAUCUACUACUCCUUCUUCGAGGUCUUCCCGCUGGUCUUCCCCGUCUACUACGGCAUGUCGCUGGGUCAAGUGGGCCUCGUCUUUCUGUGCAUACUCGUCUCCUGCCUCAUCGGCGUGGCGAUAUACGUGGUGUACAUCUACUUUUACAUGAACCCGCUGAUGGACCGGCUCGCCCCUGCCGAGCCACGACACGAGAUCCGGCUGGUGCCCGCCCUCUUUGCCGCCUUUGGCCCCACGAUCGGCCUCUUCAUCUUUGCCUGGACCGCGUCCCCAGACAUCCACUGGAUCGCGCCCACGAUCGGCAUCACCGUCUACGGCGCCGCCGCCUUUGUCGUCAUGCAGUGCAUCUUCGUCUACGUCCCGCUCAGCUACCCCCAGUACGCGGCCAGCCUGUUCGCCGCCAACGACUUCUUCCGCAGCGCGUCCGCAUUCGCGAGCAUCCUCUACGCGGGCUCCCUGUUUGGCAACCUCGGCGUGGCCAGGGGCGUCACGCUCCUCGCCGGCCUGAGCGUCAUUGGUAUUGUCGGCAUCUGGCUGCUGUACUACACUGGCGAGCGGCUGCGGCGUCGCAGCAAGUUUGCUGUGUACGCUGCCGAGUAAGAUGAUGAGUCUACGUUUCUGAAACAGGCAAUCGUCGAGUAGUUGUCGCCUUAUUAGCGAUGAGGUGGGGUCGGGGGGAGGGGAUUGGUGAUAGAGAGCAAGCCUUCAAAGAGAAGCGGGAUUCACCCUGAGGAUGAGUCUGUCAAUACCCAAACUUAUGCAGGAGGGUUUGCGCUGGCAUAGACAUCACUGCAUUGUAGCAUUUUACGGAGUUGGCCGACUGGAGGACAGGUAAUAGGAGGAGCUCACUCAAGACACAUAGACGGAUACCCAAAGAAAAGAGAUAAUAACUAAGA